GUUUCUAUUUCCUCUGUUUAUUCAUGAACUCAUAAAGUGCACAAAAAUAACAGAUUUCUGAGAAGGCUUACAUUGUCAAAACUUUAAAGAGCUAAGAUACAUUCUAUUGAGAAUCCCUGACGAUAGAAGCACAGUUAGUCUUAGUUUUAGACUUUAUAAUGUAGAUUUAUUUAUAUAUCAUUUUGCACUAUGUAUUUUAUUGAUGUACUAUGUUUUCGUUGCACCCUAAGCUUCAUGUCAUGAUGUUAUUGUAAAUAUGUAUAUUUUCUUGUCUGUCUCUUGCAGUAAACCACAGACACACACACACGCACGUACACACACAUGUUCUCACGCUCACACGAUUGACCACACCCAUACACCCGCUUAUGAUACGUCGCACACAAGGUGCAUGUAUAUAUUGAGAAUAAACAUUCAUUCAACUGUACAAGGCGUUGCUUGGAUUUAUUCUUUGUCGUCGGGUGUCGUUGCUGAUGUGCGUUUGAACUUUGUCGAUUCUGGGGUUUGAUUCUGCAGCUACACCUCAAAGUUUACAACUAUUGGACGACCUCAAUGUUUACAACUCUUGGACGCCCUCAGAGUUUAUAACUUCGGACGUCUUUGACUGUGUGUAUCAAGGUGUGAAGAAACGCAGAUCUUAAAAUGGAAGUUGCUGCCGAGAAGGACGACACAAGGUCGACAUCAUCGAAGGCAACAUCAAGGGCCAGUACAACCGCCAGCACAAGGCUGCGGGAAGCGAGAAUAAAGGAGGAGCUUGCAAGGAAAAGACAAGAACAAUUGCUCAAAGAACAAGAACUUAGGAAAAAGGAAUUCGAACUGAAAGAGGAAAUGGAUAAAAUGAAAGCGGAAAACGAACUGGAAAACGCCAGGGCUGAAGCGGCGUUGUGGCAAGAGGCUGAAAAUGAACAAUAUGUAUUAGGAGGUAACAGUAAUUUGCCUCUUUCAGGAAUGCCUGAGCCUGACAUUACUGACAUAGAUCACAGAACGCAGGCAUGGUGCAACCAACAGGCACAAACUCCUGAAGGGGGCAAGGAUAAUGUAAUGAAUGUACAUGCAAAUGAUUUUAUCCCCAAUACAGACAAGGUCGUGGCAGGUGCUCGCAAGGAGCAGGCAGGCCAUGAUGGGGACAAGAAAGGUCCAGCAAAUAAGGUGAGUGAUCUAGGAAUUGCAAAUAUGCUUGCUAUGGCUAUGAGUUUGCCCAAACCAGAUAUACAACCCUUUUCUGGCAAUCCAGUCGAUUACUGGAAAUUCAUGAAUACGUUUGAGGUGAACAUAGGGGAUAAAGUGAAUGAUGACAGGAUGCGCUUAAAUUAUCUCAUACAGUUCUGCACAGGUAAGGCGCGCGAUGCCAUAGAAAACUGCAUCCUUCUGGAACCGAGUGCAGGAUAUGCGCGUGCAAAGUUAAUUCUUCAAGAUCAAUUCGGUCGCAACUACAUUGUCGCCCGCGCUCAUGUUGAAAGAGUAUUGAAACGGUCACAUAUACGGUCUAGUGACAGCCAAGCCUUGUGGGAUCUGGCAAGGGACAUGAGAAGGUGCCAGAUCACAACAUCUCAAUUAGGGUACACUGCUCACAUGAGUACGACAGAAACCUUACUCAAGAUACAGGAGCUCUUACGUGUACACUUACAAGGACAGUGGGCAUCGAAGGCUCACUCACUUAUGGAACAGGCCGUCAUCCCAAAUUUCAGUUACAUGACUGAUUUUGUGGAACAGGCUGCGAAGGUGGCCAGCAAUGUCUUUGGUAAGCACAUUGGUAGGAGUCAGUCUGGUAAACAGCAGCCAGCAAAAUCCUCAACCAAACCAAAAGGUGGUGCAGUUUUUAGCACUGCAAAGGAAGCCCAAACUGCUAAGUGCCCUUGCUGCAGUAUGAAUGGGCAUGGACUAGGUAACUGCGAUGACUUCAAAAGGAAAUCAUCAAAUGAGAGGCACUCUCUUGUGAAACAAAAGAAGCUGUGCUUCAACUGCUUGAAACCGUCCCAUGCAGCAAAGGAGUGUAAAAACAAGGGCGUUUGCAGAAAAGAAGGAUGCGGGAAGAAGCAUCACACCCUUAUCCAUCUGGACUUCCAGCCAAAGGAGGAUAAGAAUCCUGAACAAGGAGAGCUGCAACUUGGGGCCGGGAAAUCGAAUGAAGGUAGCUCCCAUGCCGUUGGUGGCAGAAGGGCAGUCUCCUUAAGAGUAGUUCCUGUCAGAGUUGUUAAUGGAGAUAAGGAUGUUACGACAUGGGCACUCCUUGACAACGGGAGCGACGUAUCGCUUUGUGAGCAUGGUCUCAUACAUGAGCUUGGGGUGGUCGGUAGGAACACCUCCUUCAAGCUGACAACUGUGAACACUGCUUCAUCUCAAAAGGGGAUGGAGGUGUCCUUGUCCAUCCAGAGCCUCAAUGGCGAUGUAGAGUUGGAAAUACCUUCGCUAUGGACCAUCGAUAGGUUACCAACUUCACGUCAGAGUAUCCCAGUUCAAGAAGACGUGGACAAAUGGCCACAUCUUCGGGGAAUAGAACUCCCAAAUGUAGCUGAGAGUGACAUAAGGUUACUUAUUGGCUCUGAUGUCCCUGAAGCAUUCUGGGUAGAGGAAGAGCGAAGAGGUAGGAGGAAGGAGCCCUAUGCAAUUCGGUCUCCACUUGGAUGGACAGUCAUGGGACCAACAAGUUCCAGGUUCACAUCCAGAAAAGGCUCGGUCAAUAAUGUGACCAUUGACAGCCACCUACAGUUUCAGCUGGAAAGGUUCUGGCAGAUGGAUAAGAUGCCAGGAGAUGAAGCAGAUCAACCUGCUGAGUCCACUGAGGAUCGAAGGGCAAAACAGAUGAUGGAAGACUCUGUUACAUUGACUGAUGGGCACUAUCAGUUGGGGCUGCCAUGGCGACGCCAACCUCCCAUUCUCCAACAACGCCAAAAAUGGACAAAAGAAGAAAUUAACUUCAAGACUGAUGAUCUGGUCCUCAUGGUUGAUGACAGUCUCCCACGAGGUCAGUGGCCACUUGGUCGGAUAUGUGACACCUACCCUGACAAACAUGGACGCGUGCGACAAGUAGAGGUGCGCAUCGGGCCUAAUCAAUACAAGAGGCCAAUCUCAAAAUUAUGCUUGCUAGAAGCUGCGAAAUAAAUUACCAUCAUCUGAGCUGCAAACUUAAAUGUCUCAAUCAACCAUCAUUCAAUAUAUCCUUUGUGUUUUUCCUAUUCAAGAACUUGAUAUUUCAGCAAUAAUUUAUGUUGAUGUGGCGGCUCAUUGGCAAUAGUAAGCAAUACUUCACAAGUCCUAAAUCAAUCACUUUACGUGCACGCAGAAUUGUUGAAAAGGGGAGUUUAGUCAAUGAAGAUUUAUUCAAUAGGAAUCUUAUUUCCUUCUUUAGAGUCAAGUUUAUAUGAUAAUUCAAUAAGGAAUUUUUUAUAGUUUAUUAAGCUUGAUCUUCAUUAAAAUAACUGCCGCAUUUAUAAGAAUAUCCGAAAUGAGUCUUUGGUAUAGAGCCUCAUUUGGGGCCGGGUAUGUUGCGGCAGAUUCCAUUAAGUUAUCAAAUUUAUGAUGAAAUGUAGAUUGUUGGUUUAUACUUCAUGUAGCCAGUUAUAAAUUCUGUCGUAGUCAAUGUUUUUAUCUAUAAUUGAAUGUUUCAUUAUAUAUUUUUGCUUUAUAUAGUUAUGCACCCCUCACCCUAUCUAUCUCUCCCUCUAUCUCUCUCUGUAUACUUCCUGUCCACUUAUACUUUACUGUAAUGUAAUAUAAUGUUUAUGGUUAGUAUGUGCAGUGGUAUACCUGCUUGACCAACCCAAGCGCACUAAGUCCAUGAAAAUCACUUUGGUCAAUAGAGAGUCCUUUGUUUCUUGUCUUUGACCAUCCACCUUGGGGGAUAAGCUUGGGCGUGGAGUGGGGUAUGUAAAAGAAAGCCUCAAUUGAAUAGAAGUCAAGAUCAAAGACACACAUGCUGUACUGGUGUGCCUGCUUUUAAGAUCUCAACAUUUUUAGGAAGAUUUUCAAGUCUAUGUCCUGAGGAAAGUUGUCAAAAUCCCAGAUAGCCAAAAGUUGGUAAGUUACAAAACUUGUAUAACUUUGUAGAAUGCAUUAUUGCUGUUAUGACCAUAUAAAGAUUGUGUUGUUUAAGUAUUCAAAGUUUAUGUAAUUUCUGUCUAAAAUUCAUGCCUGAAAUUUGGCACAGUUAAUAGCCUUCAUGACUGAACUAUAUGCAUAUUGUAUUAUACUGUCUGUAGCAAGCACAGUGAAGUGAGAGAUACUGACAAAUCUAUGAACCUAAUUUGAGUUAUACAGAUGUAUUCCAUGUUUAUUGAAAGGUUAACUAUAACCGAGUAAUUUAUAUACUUAUUCAUUUAUUAUUUCUUUUAUACGCAUAUAUUUGAUGUAUUGCACACGGGAUUCAAAUACAGUUUAUAAUUAUUCCUUAUCAUAUGCAUUCAUAUUAAGUUUAUACCUGAGUUAAUAUCAUUAUUUCAUUCAAGAUAAUUAAUCAUAUUUGAAUUGUUCACUAAAUAUUUAUAUCUGUAUAUAGUAUAUAUAUCAACUGCAAACAAAUUACAAUUAAUUACAUUCAAUAAGAGUUUGAGUCAAAUUCGAUCAAUAAUUGUGAUAACUGUUCUAACAAUAUGAACGAAACCUAAUAACGUUUCUAUUUCCUCUGUUUAUUCAUGAACUCAUAAAGUGCACAAAAAUAACAGAUUCAGAGAAGGCUUACAUUGUCAAAACUUUAAAGAGCUAAGAUACAUUCUAUUGAGAAUCCCUGACGAUAGAAGCACAGUUAGUCUUAGUUUUAGACUUUAUAAUGUAGAUUUAUUUAUAUAUCAUUUUGCACUAUGUAUUUUAUUGAUGUACUAUGUUUUCGUUGCACCCUAAGCUUCAUGUCAUGAUGUUAUUGUAAAUAUGUAUAUUUUCUUGUCUGUCUCUUGCAGUAAACCACACACACACACGCACGUACACACACACAUGUUCUCACGCUCACACGAUUGACCACACCCAUACACCCGCUUAUGAUACGUCGCACACAAGGUGCAUGUAUAUAUUGAGAAUAAACAUUCAUUCAACUGUA